CCUUAGACUAUAAUAAGCAGCUAGCGCAAAAAAAAAACAGAACAGUUUGCGCAAAAAGAUCAUGAAGAUGGACGCUUCAAAGUUUGUAGUGACUUUGUUCGUUGCUUACAUAUCCCUAAUCACUCAUUGUGAAGGCCUCUACUGUACGUACAGGGCACAGGUGACUCUAAAUGUCGGGAGUGGUGACUCGGCGAUAAUGGAGACCAUCGUUGGAGACUAUGCUGACUACGGCAACCACCGAAUACAGCUCCAGCACUUGAAAUUUCUUCUAAUCCCUGACUACGACUUUGGAUGUAGCAGUCAACUCAACCCAAACACCACUGCAGCUAUUUCCAAAGCUGUAUCUACUGGUAACCCCUUUGUGCUUAUGAUACCACUGCCACUGGACGUAGACUCGGCUAUUUCAGACACAAGUUGCUCAGACUACAAGAAGGCAACCGUUGCUCAGAGUUUGAGUGCAGCUGGUGUACUCUUCUACUACUUGCCUUCAAGCUCAAGCUCAAGCUCACUCACUGAGGAAGAUCCUUCUCUAAGCAUUCCUGUCGCUGCUAUCGAAAUCUCUGAAGACUUACUGAACAGUAUCCAGGAGCAACCGGAAGAAAACUCUGGCCUUGUUGCGAUUCUUGGAUAUUGUUACCCGAGUAUUCAAUCAUCACAGACUUUCUAUUUCGUGGUGUUUACGUUUUGCAUUCUAACAGUGUUAUCAUGCCUUUGGUUUAUGCUGAGUUAUAUCAGGAGAUGCCGACUCAGAGCCGCAAUGAGGAGGAGACGGGUAGAGACGGACCAAGAGACUCGGCGUCUUGUGGAUAGCCUACCCCUGAAAACACACAAAUCACAGAUGGGCAUGGAGGAGCCCAUGUGUGCUGUGUGUCUGGAGACCUUCCAUAACAAGGACACCAUCAGAGUUCUGCCCUGCAGGCAUGAGUACCACAAGAAGUGCGUGGACCCUUGGUUGAAGCUGAAGAGAACAUGCCCCAUGUGUAAAAAAGACAUUAGUAACAAGAGCUCAGCUUCCAAGACAUACAGUCCUAGACGAUCACUCGACAGUAACUCUGACGACACAUCAAGUGUCGACCGACUUAUCCCUCAAAAUGGCUCAAAUUUCUCGCUCUCCAGUGCCUCUACCGAUAGUAUGACGAACUCUGACCCCCAAGUGGUGGUGGAGGAUUUGGAGGAUAUGGUUAUGUUUGAGGAAGAGCCAGGACCACCACCAAGUCACCGAGGGGACCACCAGGUGGCAGUUGAACUUGACGAGGAAGCAGCUGCCACUGAGUAACCCUAACUUGUUAUACACUAAAACUUAACUGUGUUCACUUUGUGUGUCUUUAGUGAGGCACUGGACGUAGUAUUAUUGCACGUUUUUAAUUUCUCUCGCCCUCAUUUAUAUUUGGUUUACCAGUCGUUACAAGUAAUAUUGUCAUGUGCUCCUUGCAUAAUGAAUUUGUUUAAAUUUG